AUGUACGUCCUCGCCGCCCUCACUUUCGCUUCCGCGGCCCUCGCGGUGCCCUUCCCUCUUAGAAGAGCAUACGGCACGGGUGCGCCAUCCUACCCGGCUGUUCCUACACCCGUUCCUACAUUUCCCGGUACUGCACCGACUGGCGGAUCGACAGCCUUGCCAACCGUAGUUGAACCAACAACGUCGUCGUACCAUGUUACCGUCACGUAUGCGACUAGCUCUUCGGUUCUUACGUCUGCUGUGCCAUUCCCAACAAGUCCUCUGGAGACAUCUGUCUCGUCGCUAUCUUCAUCUCUCCCUAUUUCUCAGCCGGAGCCUACGCCGUCUGUGUCUCAGCCAGCCGAUGCACCAUCUUCAUUCCCAACCUUUCCGGCUUCUUUCCCGACGUUCCCCGGAACUGCGCCGGGAACCGCACCAGGAACCGUACCUACUGGUGCUUUCCCUCAGCAGCCGGCUACCUCCCAGUACUCCGUGAGCGUCAGCUACUCCCGGACCAACCCAGGCUACCCAGUUGCCACGCCCAACUAA